AAUGCGUCGAAAUAGAAUAGGGACUAAAGCAGAAUUUCUAUGGGCAUGUAUCAUAUUCCAAAAUAACCUUAGGGGAUGUUGAAGAUAUCUCUCAAAUGAAUGGACCUUUAGCAGUCUAAGAAUACAUUUAAGAAUUAAUAAGUAAUCUAACAUUUUUAUUAAUUAGGAGCUGAUUCAUCUAACAUAAAAUAAAUUAUUACUCCUCCUCCUGAAGUUGACAUUAAUGUUUGGCAAUAUGAACAUUUAAGACAAUUUAUUUUAGAAUUAAAUCUUUUAGUUACAUAAUUGAAAGGACUAUGCACAGCUUAAACAUGUCCAAAAAUGAAAGCUACAGAAGAUUGGCUUUACUUGUGUGCUGCACAUAAAAAAGCAUAAGAAUGUUCAGCUAUUGAUUAUAUGAUACAUAAUUUAGAUUAGAGUACAUCUAUUUUAACGAACAUAAAAACAUACCCAUCAAGGUUAUUAUUAAUUAUGAUAUUAUUAGAGUUUCAAUCAAUCCUCAAAAUGCAACCAAUAAUUUUGCCUUUAUAGUUAGAAGACUCUAUAGAUUAUUCUCUCAUACUUAUUUUAAUCAUAAGGAAAUUUUUGAAGAUUUUGAAGUAUAUUACUCAUUUACAAUACUAGAAUGAAAUGUUUUUAUGCACAAGGUUUACUGAAUUUGCCUUAAAAUUUGAUCUAAUGAGUCCAAAACUAAUAACAAUUCCAAAAGAAGCUUUAAAAUUAUGA